AUGGAAAAUGGGGAGGAAUUGUCACCACAGACAGCAAUAAACACCAUACAAAACGGCGACCAACAGUCACCAGGACGGACACGUUCCAACAGCGCCAGCAGCGGCCACAAACGCAGCCUCUCCGGAUCAUUGCUGUCCAAACUCUCGUUUCUACGCAUGAGCCAGUCAUCAUCUGUCAAUAAUAACGAAGCGCUAGCGUCGCCCUCUCACAGCGACGAGAUUGAUCGUACUCUUAAUCGUAACGAUGAGCGCAACCCUACCAGCAACGAUGGAUAUUCCGGUGGUUCGCGAGCGGGUGGUACAAGCAGAGCAAUGGCGACCGCUAUCCAACACCAGCGAAAAAUGCGACGGCGGCGGGGCUCGUUACGCAAGACUGCAUUAUUGGGUACACGGCUGGAAGUGAAGGAAAAGAGGAACAAUAACGCUAAUACUGCAAGGGAUCAACUGAAUUAUGGAGGCGUUGAGAAUUCCAGAGGGGUACAGUCGCCAUUGAGUAUCUCAACAGGUAAUGGCAAGAGCAGGAUUACACCACCAUCUUCUACACAUCUGACUGAUGAAGGGUUGACGCCGAGGGAAAGUAUGGAUCGUGACGGCGAUGGUCAUACGAGUGUUUAUUCUGGAUACUGGCCUCGUUCUUUGACGAUGGAUAGAGGCGUUGUAUCGAGCGAUAUCAACAAGUCGCCCACUUCAAUAGGUGAUACGACGGAUGAAGAAGAUAAUAUCUCGUUAUCGAAUUAUAAUGCAAACACGACAACUAAUAAUAAUACGAUGAAUAGCGGAAGGACAACAUCUACACAUCUACGUCCUUCGUCUGUCAGCAGUAGUGGCAGUAUCAACCCACCACUCAUGGCAACACCAUCAUCAAGCUCCGACUCUUACUUUCUAUCUUCCCGCCACCAUAUUCAUCAUCACCACCACCGUCACCACCAAACCUCAUCCGCCAACGAAGCCACAGACGCCACUGCCCGUCCCCUCGGUCGCUCACCCACAACCCAUCGCGCACGCUCACCCCUCAUCGCCCCUGAACUCUCCAGCAGCGCCUCCAACACCCUCGACGUAGGCGUCAGCGUCGGUGUCGGUGGUUGGGACUACUCCGAAACCGAAUGGUGGGGCUGGAUAAUCCUGCUCGUAACCUGGCUCGUCUUCGUUGUGGGGAUAGGCAGCUCCUUUGGCGUCUGGAGUUGGGCCUGGGAUGUCGGCGAAACGCCUUAUGCGCCGCCAGAACUUGAGGAUGACCCUACGUUGCCGAUUGUAGGAUAUUAUCCGGCUUUGAUGGUGUUGACGGCUGUUAUGGCAUGGGUUUGGGUGGUGGUUGCUUGGGUUGGGAUGAAAUAUUUUAAGCAUGCUAAUAUUGCGGCUGAUGAGGGAUGA